CUGCCUCCCCCUUCGGGGCGCCGGGGCUCGGCGGGCCGCCCGUCCCGUGUCCCCUCGCGCCCCCCGGGCACAUGGCGGCCGCAUGUGACCGCCGUCACCUGACCAACAUGGCCGGGGUCCGCCGCGGCUGAGCCCGCCGCCGCCGCCAGGCACACAUCACCCCCAGGUGAUCUUUCUUCCAUCAGAAGCCGAUAUGGACGGCUUCCUCCAGAGCGUGGAGAAGGACCUGAACAUCGACCGCCGUCAGCUGGCAGCUGCCACCGAGGGGACCCACGUCACUGCCUUUGUCCCGGUGAAAUGGCUGACGAGCCUCAAAGAGCGCCGGGUGCUGCCCAACCUGUGCCCACGCCCAGAGGGACUGAGUGACGUGGAGGUGAGGACCUUCCUACAGCAUUCCGUGCAGAAACUGCCCACGGGCUGGACCCGGGUGGAGAUCCACGGGCUGCAGAAGGAGGGGCUGACAUACCCUGUGACGAGGGUGCAGCCUCUCCCUGCCUCCGACCAGCGGAACGGACACCCGGAGACCCUGCACAGCUUCAUGCAGCACGUCGCCUCCCAGAACUACCGGAACCUGUGGAGCCGGGCUCACUGCCUCUACGCGCGGCCGUACCGCCACGCCGAUGUGCCACCCACCCUGCCGGCCCUGGACGCGCUGCGGGCCGCCCUACAGAAGGCUUAUGGCUGCCCAGUCCUUCGGGUGGGCAAGAACGUGCCUGGUGCUUCACCCGCCAAGGAGAGCGUGGUCACCAAAGGGGUGUCCUCCUGCCCUAACCUGCUGCAGGCUGAAGCUCUGCUGGAGUCAGCCAAUAUGUUGUACAUCAUCUACCCGUACGUGCAGUUCUGUUUACAAGACAUUGUGACUUUCAGCCCGGCCAAGCUCAUCAACAGCCACGCCAAAAUCCUCUUUCUCCUCUUCCAUGUCCUGCAGGCCAUGAAGGCUUGUCAUCAGGCAGGUCUGGCUUGCGGCCCCUUCUCCCUUCGGGAUGUAGCUGUGGAUGAGAAGCUGUGCAGUCGGCUCCGUGUGAACUUCAGAGAAUAUGAGCGACUGAAGAAGGAGGAAGCGAACCUGGAGGCUGGUGUGGAGCAAAAGAGUGAGCAAACCAGCACUGGUGUGCGAGGGCAGGAGGCAAGGUGCCCUGCCUGCCAGAAGGACCUCCGAGACCUGGUGUUAAAGUGGGUCCAUGGGCAGGUCAGCAACUUUGACUACCUUAUGCGUCUGAACAGUUUGGCUGGAAGGAGAAUGGGAGACCCCAAUUAUCACCCAGUCCUUCCAUGGGUGGUGGACUUUACUACCAAAAAUGGCAAGUUCAGGGACCUUAGGAAAUCCAAGUUCCGACUCAACAAAGGAGACAAGCAGCUGGACUUCACCUAUGAGAUGACCAAGCAGGCGUUUGUUGCUGGUGGAUCCAGUGGAGAGCAGCUCCAUGUCCCUCAUCACAUCUCUGAUGUCCUUUCAGAUAUCACCUACUAUGUCUACACCGCUCGGAGGACACCCAAGGCAGUGCUGUGCUGCCAUGUGAGGUCCCAGUGGGAGCCCAAUGAGUAUCCAGCCAGCAUGGAGCGCAUGCAGAGCUGGACCCCAGAUGAGUGCAUCCCAGAGUUCUAUACAGACCCCUCCAUCUUUCGAUCCAUCCAUCCAGACAUGCCUGACCUGGAUGUGCCAUCUUGGUGUAGCUCCUAUGAAGAGUUCAUUGAAGUCCACCGCAUGCUGCUGGAGAGCCGGGAGGUUUCUCAGGACCUCCACCACUGGAUUGAUCUCACUUUUGGGUACAAGCUGCUGGGAAAGGAUGCUGUCAAGGAGAAGAAUGUCUGCCUCCAUCUAGUAGACAACCACACGCAUCUGACAACUUACGGAGUUGUGCAGCUCUUUGACCAACCACAUCCCAGGCGCAUGGUGGGACCUGCCUACACACCUCCUGAAGCUCCAGCCAUUGCCCGGCCUCUUCUCCAGAACAUCAGGGAGACUGUGUUUUUGGAGGAUAUCCAAGGCCAGGUGACAGAUGUGGUUAAUGGUCUGGUCCUGGAGGCUACUCCGACUGAAACCACCUGGUCUGGAGACAAACCUAUCUCAGGUGAGGAUGAUUUAGAGCAAGGGACAGAAGCCCUGGAUUCCAUUUCUGCUACUAGUAGAGCUGCUGAUCAGCCCUGUGCCCCCGUGCCUUCAGCACAGCCCUCCACCCUCCCUGCUUAUGCCACCGAAGGCAAAACCUCAGGGGUCCGACCUCUCCGUCGGAGCAAGGCUGGUGCUGUGGAUCAGUUUGACAUGAAGAUCACACUUCCUGAAGGCUUCAAUCCACUCCAGGCUCUGGAAGAACUGGAGAAACUGGGCAAUUUUUUGGUUAAAGGCUUAAGCAGCGAGAUGCAGCUAAUGGAGCAGCCAUGGGAAGAGCCACCCCUGGGUCUCUCAGACCUCUUCCAGAGGGACAUGCAAGCUUUGGGCAUUCUGGUGGCUGAGAUUGUCUUUGCACCAAGGAUUCGUCCUUCAAAGCCUGACGCAUCCCUGUUGGAGCGGUUCCUGAUGGUGCGGAAUCUGUGUCGCUACCAUCCCAAGGAGAUCCCAGCCCCACUCCAGCAUGUGCUUCACGUCCUGCUGCAGCUGAGUGUGCCAGUGGAGAAGCUUCUGAAGACCAGGCUGAGCAAGGGCAUGGUGCAGCUGUUUGAAUACCAGCCCAUCUCCCAGGGCCUGCCCCCACCCUGUCCCACCCAGCUCCUCAGUCCCUUCAGCUCUAUUGUCCCCUUCCCCACGUACUUCCCAGCCCUACACAAAUUCAUUUUCACCUAUCAGGCAAAGAAGAUAGAGGAUGAAGGUCAGGGCCGGGAGCUUGUUUUCAAGCUGUGGCAGCAGCUGGAGGGGAUCCUUCCUGAAAUCACUCCUGAAGGUUUGGAGAUCCUUCUGCCCUUCAUAUUGUCUCUCAUGUCUGAGGAGAACACUGCUGUCUAUGCAGCCUGGUAUCUCUUUGAACCUAUAGCUAAGUCCCUAGGUCCAAAGAAUGCCAACAAAUACUUGCUCAAGCCAUUGAUUGGUGCGUAUGAGACCCCCUGCUACCCCCACGGCAGGUUCUACCUCUACACUGACUGCUUUGUUGCCCAGUUGAUCGUGCGCCUGGGCCUGCAGUCCUUCCUCCUGAACCUGCUGCCACACAUCCUGCAGAUCCUCGUGGGCAUCGAGAACUCACGGGAGGAAAGCAAAUCCUUCCUGGGCACGGCUGAAGAUGAUGAAAGUGGAGGGGAAAGCCCAGUGUCAUGCGUGUUUGGGGAGGAGAUCAAAAUGGACGUGGAGCACAGCUCUGCUGCGCUUGACCUGCUUGAUUACACCUCUGGUGUCAGCUUCCACGACCAAGCCUACCUGCCCGAGAGUGAGGACUUCCAGAGCGGGCUCUAUGUUGGGGAGACCCUGCAGCCCCAAGAGCAGGAAUCACUCAGCCUUGGGCGGCUGAGCGACAAGAGCAGUGCCAGUGAGGUGUCCCUGGGGGAGGAGAGACCUGCAGAUGGCGAUUCCCAGAAGGACAAGAGCAGCCUGAAGUCGAUGGACAGCAGCCAGGAUCUGAAACAGAGUGAGGAUGAGGAGGAGGAGGAAGAGGAGCAUGAUGAAGAGGAGCACGAUGAUGCGGUGGUUGAUGCGGAGCUGACGGUGGCCGUGGAUGCUGGUGCCUCUGUGGAUGUCACCCUGGCUGAUGACAGCAGUGAGCCAGAGGAUGGAGAGGGAGAGGAGCUGCCGGAUCACUCUGAUGACAAAGAGCAGACAAUACUCCUGGACACAGCCUGUAAGAUGGUGAGGUGGCUCUCAGCCAAGCUGGGCCCUACUGUCACAUCCCGCUUCAUCGCCAGGAACCUGCUCCGUCUGCUCACCUCCUGCUACGUUGGCCCCACCAGGCAGCAGUUUAUACCAAGCAACGAUGAGAACAGUCCCUUGAGUACAGGAAAUAUCUACCAAAAACGACCAGUGCUGGGAGAUCAGGUGUCCAAGCCAGUGCUGGCCUGUCUUGUGCACGUGGCGUACCUGUACGGAGAGCCUGUCCUCACCUACCAGUACCUGCCCUACAUCAGCUACCUGGUUGCACCCAGCAGUGGGUCUGGUGGUGGUCGGCUGAACAGUCGGAAGGAGGCAGGGCUCCUGGCUGCUGUGACACUGACCCAGAAGAUCGUGGUGUGUCUCUCGGACACCACGCUGAUGGACAUCCUCCCCAAGAUCAACCAGGAGGUUCUGCUCCCAGUGCUGGGCUUCCUCACCUCACCAGCCAUUGGUUUCCCCAGUGGUGCCCAGGCCCGUAUUGUCCUGUGCAUUAAGACAAUCAGCCUAAUUGCCUUGAUCUGCCUGCGGAUUGGGCAGGAGAUGGUGCAGCAGCAUUUGAGUGACACAGUGAGGAGAUUCUUUGGGGCAUUCUCACUGCUGCAGGAGCUGCAAGACCAGGGAUUAACAGCAGAGUCUCUGAGCAGCUGUGAGAUGCCUGUGAUGGAGGUGCCCCUUUCAGAUGGGAAGCUGCUGGCCCUGGAUCCAACUGUGUUGAUGGAGUUACAGAAGGUGUUUAAUCCUGAGAUGGCCUACACCACCUACAUCCCCUUCUCCUGCUUGCUCGGUGACGUUAUCCCAACAGUUGUGCCCAACCACUCACUGGUUGAGAAGCUGGCCAGCCUCUACCUGGAGAAUGUGAACCCCAAGAGCCUGCAGGUGGUCAGCCUGGAACAAACACCGAGUGUGGUGGCCUCAGACCAAGAUAUGCGAGGGGCUGAGCCCUUCUCUGGCCAACAGGAGGACACUCACUCUGGUACUUUUGGGAGCGUGCUGGUAGGGAACCGCAUCCAGGUCCCCGUGGACACGCAGCGUGAGGGUCUUGGCUUGCUCCGUCUCAGUUCUGGCACUGGUGGCUUCAUUCCCAGCUCAUCCCGUGAGGAGAACGCCCUGAAGCAUGACCUUCCCCGCAGUACCCACAUGCUGUGUGGGAACUGGCUGGCCUACUGGCAGUAUGAGAUUGGGGUGAGCCAGCACGACCCCCGCUUCCACUUCCACCAGAUCAAGCUACAGAGUUUCUCAGGGCAUUCAGGAGCCAUCAAGUGCGUGGCACCGCUCAGCAGUGAGGAUUUCUUCCUCAGUGGCAGCAAGGACAAAACUGUUCGUCUUUGGCCCUUGUACAACUACGGGGAUGGCACCAGCGAGGUGCCCCCACGCUUCACCUAUGCUGAGCACAAGAAAUCUGUUUUCUACGUGAGCCAACUGGAGGCAUCACAGCACGUAGUGAGCUGUGAUGGGACCUUACACAUCUGGGACCAGUUCACAGGCAAACUUCUCCGGACUUUUGAUGAACUAGACAGCAAAGUCCCCAUCACAGCUGUGACCACCAUGCCACCUCCCUACCACAGCAUCUCUGUGGCCAGUGCAGACUCUGUGCUGCGGUUCAUCGAUCACAGGAAGCCAGGACUACAGCACGAGUUUCGUUUGGCCAGCGGGGUGAGUGCUGGGCUCAUCCGCUGCUUGGCCAUCAGUCCCAACGGGCGCAGUGUUAUGGCUGGCUUCUCCUCAGGCUUCAUUGUGCUGCUGGACACCAGGACAGGACUCAUCAUGCGGGGGUGGCCUGCUCACGAGGGUGAUAUUCUGCAAAUCAAGGCUGCAGAGGGCAACAUGCUCAUCAGCUCCUCUUCAGAUCAUUCCCUGACUGUCUGGAAGGAACUGGAGCAGAAACCUUUGCACCACUACAAAUCUGCAUCUGAACCCAUCCACGCCUUUGACCUCUAUGGCAACGAAGUGGUCACUGGCACUGUGGCCAACAAGAUUGGUGUCUACUCCAUGCUGGAGUCCUCAGCGCUGCCCAUCAGCACGACCAAGCUGAGCUCAGAGAAUUUUCGGGGUACGCUGACCAGCCUGGCAGUGCUGCCCACAAAAUGCCAUCUCCUGCUGGGCUCAGACAAUGGUGUCAUACGCCUCCUGGCGUAGCGACCUGUGGCCCAGGAGCUGGUGGUAGAGCUGAAAGCCAGCAGCCUCGCUUCCAGAGGAGGCAGAGUUGGGUGUUUCUGAACAGAGGAUGCAGGGGGGAAGGUGUACUUGUUCGUGAGCCCUCGGUAAAGCCUCUCUAACCUCUUCCUUUGUCUUGGAGAAGAAAAAAAGCCAUAAGUGAGAAACCUCUGCUGCUGCUGGGAGAAAUGCUGGGUGUUGUAGGUCACUGUCACCCCUGCAGAGAGACCUGGAGCUCUCCGUACCAUGUGUGCCUAAUUCCCCAGGGGACUGUGAGCUGCCCUCCACAGUACUAUGGACCACAGGUAUCCUCCUUCCUUCAGUUAAGGGAUAAGAGGUGCCACCUGACAAGAAAAAAAUAGUAUAGCUACUGCUGUCUGCACUCGCCCUUCCCUCUUCACUCCUGAACCACUGAGCUGUCUGACCAGAAUAGCAUAAGCUGGGCCUGUGAUCUGCUGCCUUUGGAGCUGCAUGGUGCCAUCUCCUCCUCCUCCUGUGGUCUGUGUGGGCCCAGAGGAAUUACCUUUAGUUUCUGCCAGCUCAGUUAGAGCCUGUAUGGGAGAAGGACAAGUUAAGUGAAGCACUUCUGGAGCCUUGCUGGCUCCAGGGCGAAGAUGGAAAUGGAAAUCUGCCAAGGCAUGAACCCCAUUUCUCUGUGGGUUCAUUUAGCAAUGGGCUGCUGCAGAGGCACAGUUUGGAAUGGGAACAUGACUGUCUAAGAAGGGCAGAACUAGAUGCUUCCAUGAGGAUUUUGGCUUCUAGAGCCAUAGGAUAAGGCUAGACUGUUGUUGGGUCCUCCCCCAGCAGUGCUGCAUCCUGUGUAUAUGUGAGGGUGAGGAAUGUCCUGUGUACCACACACUGGCAGUGUUUCUCAAGAAAUCAUCCUAAUCCUCUCCACUCUUCUUAGUGCUGGUCAGACUACUGGGGAAGACAGGACAUCAAAAAAGAUGCUCAGUUUUGCCCCCUCCUGCCCUUGUAGGGUGAGAGCCAGGGAGCAUGAUCCAACAAAGUCUCCUGAACUUCCCUUUGGGACAGCACUGUUCCCACCCCAAAAGUGAGGAGAUGCUCUUUGACCCAGCAGUAGGAGUAGUUGCCUCACUUCUAUUGCAGCCCUUUUCCCAUCCAUCCUGCAGCCUAAUCAGAGCGGGAAGUUCUUAUCUUGGGCAGAGGAGGAGCUUGCUGCAGGUUGUCCUGGGAGGGCAGAAGGCUUUCAUCCAGCUCCCAGUUCAUCUGAGGCACUUCCAGCUGGGACGGCUGCUUUCCAGUUGGCCCUUGCUAUCCCCCCCUACCCAAGGGGAGCUCUCAGUCCCUUGUUGCCUACUAACCACUUGCAAUAGAUGUAAAUAUUUACUUCCAAUAAACUCUUUGAAAGAGAUGCAGA